UUCGUUUCCCGGCUCCCGUGUGGCCCGGCCCAUCUGCCAUGCCCGCCUUCUUCUCGAAAGCUGGGCUGUGGGGCCCGGCGCCCGACGGCUGGGCCGCUUGGGGCCGGAGGUCGCUCUUGGAAAGUGAGGCGCCCGCGGGGGAGUCGCUUUAUGGAAAGAGCCCUGGUUAGUUCACGCCGAAGUGACAGCCCAGGGCGGCGAAGGGGUCCUCGGUGAAGCCUUCCCGAGGGUCCUGAGGAAUCUAAUACGGCUGGGCCAGUAAUAAAAGUGAAAAUUCCAAAAGAUAAGGAUGGUAAACCAAAGCAGUUUGCAUUUGUGAAUUUCAAACAUGAAGUGUCUGUUCCUUAUGCGAUGAAUCUACUCAACGGAAUCAAACUUUUUGGGAGGCCCAUCAAAAUUCAAUUUAGAUCAGGAAGUAGCCACGCCUCACAGGAUGUCAGUUUGUCAUAUCCCCAACAUCAUAUUGGGAACUCAAGCCCUACCUCUACAUCUCCGAGCAGGUAUGAAAGGACUGCGGAUAACAUGAUUUCAUCAACACAGAUAAUUCAGAGGUCUUUCUCUACUCCAGAAAAUUUUCAGAGACAAGCAGUGAUGAACAGUAUUUUGAGACAGAUGUCAUAUGGUGGGAAAUUUGGCUCUCCACAUCUGGAUCAGUCAGGAUUUUCCCCAUCGGUUCAGUCACAUAAUCCUACGUUUAACCAGUCUUCAAGCUCCCAGUGGCGCCAGGAGACGCCACCAUCACAACGUAAAGUCAGACAGAAUGCUCAUCCCUAUGCCCUGGAUAGGCAUUAUAGCCGUGAACAGCGUUACACUGACCAUGGGUCUGACCAUCACUACAGAGGAAGCAGAGAUGACUACUUCCAUGAAGAACGGAAUCCUGAUGGCUGGAGCCACGACUAUGAAAAUAGAAGAGACAGUAGUAGAGAUGGAAAAUGGCGUUCAUCUCGACACUAACAAGUAUUAAAAGGACGAUAUUUUUACAGGGUCAUUCUAGGCCCUUUUGGCUAAAUUGAUCUAGAAGUGUUAACUGUACAGAGCAGCUUUACAAGUUGCCACAUUUCUUUAUAAAAUUUUAAAACCUAUGGCUGCAGUCUAAUACAGAAAUAAGAAUUGUGGUUCCAGUUUUAUUACAUUAAUAACCUUUCACCUCAGGGUUUUAUGAAGAGGAAAGGGUUUUAUGCAAAAGAAAGUGCCACAAUUUCUAAUCAUUUUAGACAGUUAAGAAAGGGAUGUAUCAUAUGGAUUGGUUGUAUUAUAAAGCAAAUAUUUUAAUUAUCUGUUAUCUUUUUGUAUUGCAAGAAGUUUGUUGUUAGUGAAUCAGAUUUGGUGUAUAUAAUAGAAGACCUUCAAGUUUUGAUAGUCUGAAAUGACUGUCAGUAUUUUGUUAAUAAAAGAAAAUAAUUUCAGUGACUCAUUUUACUAACAUUGUACUUAAAAAGCUUAUUGGUGUUGUUUGGGGAUAAAUCCUAUUUGACUUUUUAGAGAAUUUCUACCGUAAGUUCUGUGACAUGCUCGUUUGGGUUUUACUCUAAUUGAACAUAAAAUUGUAAAU